UUUUUUUUGACAAACAUGGCGACCGGGUUGUAUAGAUUGUCGUGAACCUCGCUUAGAAAAACGCGAAUUACACCCAAAAACUAAUUACAAUUAAUAAAAAUGUUUCGAUAAUUCAAUAACCACAUCAAUUCUACAACACUGUGGGCAUUAGAUUAUCCGGUGUGUUGUGGAUUUAUGCGAAUUAUCGCAGUGUACAUAAAAAUUGCAAUACACAUUUGCGGGCGGGCUGUGGUUUUUCAUUCAAUCAGUUUCAGUUAUAGUUUUUCUUUUUUCUUCCAUCGUACUUUUUCGCCCAAUUCGCCUCCGAGUGAGAAAUUUUUCCUUAUUAGAAAAAUUUUGGGUUUUUUUCCUUACGUUUGUUAGGUAUAAAAAAGUGGAAAAAUGUAAUAAAAUAUGUUUGUUUUUCGUGUUUCGAAAAUGAAAAUCAUGUAUAUUAUUGAAAUCCUAAUAUAUUUGAAGUGUUAAAAAACGGUGAGAGAAGGGAGUCACACAGUGGACAAUUUGUUCUGUUGCCUUUCGUUGGAUUUAACAUAAAAAAGUAAUUUUUAUUUUCUGCACACCUUUGUGUGGUGCGUGCGAUUCGUGUCUUGUCGUUUCGUCGGGGGAGAGGGGCUGAGUUUUCAUAGAAAAAUGUUGAAUGAAAAAAUAUGUGUUAACAAAAUAAAAGUUGUAUGACAACUAAAUAACAUAAUAAAGGAGAUUUUCUGCUAUAAUUCAAACAUAUCGAUUUAGCACUGCUCCAUAGAAAUCGCAUAAUUACAUAAAAAUAAGGAAGAGAACAAAAACCUUUGCAAAGAAAGAGAUUUUCUCGUCGAGAAAUACCUAUACAAGUAUAUACAUACAUAAAUACAAUUUAGAGUUCUGCCGAAAAAUUGUUUUUUUUUUUUUAAAUAAAAUUUAAUCUUUUGAAUGGAUGUGUUGAGACAUCGCAUGGGGCUAAUGCUCUCAUUUUAGAGGGAGUUCUUAUUUUUCAGUUUUUUUCCUCAUCCUUGAUAUUUUUGAAUUUUAAUUCGUUGUGAUUGUGAUUCUAUCCCGGAACACCCUUGUAUCUUUGGAGAGGAAGAACGAGACGAACUCAAAACAUUCAACACUCCCCAAAAGCCAACCGCACUCACAUUCUGUUAUUCUUGUGAAACAAGAAAAUAUAUUUCUAUUCCCUGGGUGAAUUUACUAAAUAAUGUGGAGCAUGAUGUGCGACGUGAUGCCGACUAUAUCCGAGGAUAGCAUCUCGCAGCGGUCCUCGCAGUUCAGCGGCGAGGAUGCCAACUUCGAACAGCUCAUGGUUUCCAUGCUGGACGAACGAGAUAAGCUUAUGGAUAGCCUGCGUGAAGCACAGGAACGACUUAGUGAGUCGGAGAUGAAGCUGCACGAUGUCGAAAAGGAGCGUGAUAGUUUGCAUCGUCAAAUCAAUGCAAAUUUGCCUCAGGAAUUCGCGACCCUUACAAAGGAACUAACACAAGCUAGAGAAACUCUAUUGGAGCGAGACGAAGAAAUAGCCGAAUUGAAAGCAGAACGAAACAACACACGGCUUCUUUUGGAACAUCUCGAGUGCCUGGUGUCGCGACAUGAACGUUCCUUGCGAAUGACAGUAGUUAAGAGGCAAGCAGCUGCACAAAGUGGUGUCUCUAGUGAGGUUGAGGUGUUAAAAGCUUUAAAGAGUCUAUUUGAACAUCACAAGGCUUUGGAUGAGAAAGUGAGGGAACGGCUGCGUUUGUCAAUAGAGAAAAAUACUGCCCUUGAAGAGGAAUUAAAUUCAACCAAAGAUGAGUUACAGCAAUAUAAAUCUGGUGCAAUACAACAUAAUAGCGAUGCAAACAAGGAGAAUGGCACCGGAGAUAAGAGUGGAGGUGGUAUCAAUGGUGAUGCAGCGGAGAAUGCAAUUGAUUACGCAGCAAAAACCCACGAAUUGCAAACUAUUAUUGAGAAACAGACUGCUGAACUUUCUCAGUGGCAGCGCCGUGUAUCCGACUUAAACAGCCGAAUAAACGAACUUGAAGAUAAUCUUGGAAAAGUCCAAAAAGACCUUUCAAAAUCUCAGGAGCAAUGUUCGAAAUUACAACGCGACUUGCGCGAAAAUGUCGCCCAAAAAGAAGAUCAAGAAGAAAGAAUAGCAACGCUGGAAAAACGUUACUUAAAUGCUCAGCGAGAAUCUACUUCAUUGCAUGAUUUGAAUGAGAAACUUGAACAAGAACUGCGGCACAAAGAGGCCCAACUCAAGUUGCACGAGGAAAAAAUCGCAGCUAUUCAAGAAAAAUUGGAAUUAUCCGAACAAAAGUUGGCGCAACAAGCAAAACUUCCUGACAUGGAAGAACAACUGAAGGCACGCAUGGAGGCGUUAACUCAGGUAGGAAACAAGGCACAAGAACGUCAUGGAUCGGCUGAAGAUCGUAUUCAACGAUUGGAAACCAAUUUGGACGAAAAGAAUGCCGAAGUUGUACGCCUUAACCAAAGACUUAAAAUGAACGAAGAGCACAAUAUGCGGCUCUCUUCGACUGUUGAUAAAUUACUAUCCGAGUCGAACGAACGACUUCAGGUUCAUCUCAAGGAGCGUAUGCAUGCUCUGGAUGAGAAGAAUAUCCUAACACAGGAAUUAGAAAAGGCCAGAAAGCUAGCCGAAGAAUUACAUCACGAAAAGAGUGAAAUAAUGAAGGAGCUCUCCAAGACAAGAUUGGAAAUUGAGAAUUUCAAGAGGCAAUUAUUGCAGCAGGAAAUCGCUUAUAAUAUUCAACAAACCGAAGCUUUGACACGCAGCUUAUCGCCUAGCAGCGUUGUGGACGGAACAGCAUUUUCAAGGAGUACAUCUCACACUAGUUUCGAUACACAUUCGUUGAGGCGCAAUAAGCAAAGAAUGGAGGAAAAUGAUCAGUUUGCUAGAAGUUUAGCUGAGCAGGAAUGGAGUAAAUUACAACAAGCUCAUGCGUUAGCAAAUGUUCAAGCUGCAUUUGAGGUGUCAAGUGGGCAGGAAUGCGAUGAGAGUGAUGGUCUUUUUGGUGCUGCAGAGUUGAUGUCACCCUCAGGUCACACUGAUGCACAAACACUUGCAAUGAUGUUGCAAGAACAACUAGAUGCCAUUAAUAAUGAGAUUAGGCUAAUACAAGAAGAGAAACAAUCAACAGAAGCACGAGCCGAAGAGCUCGAAUCCAGAGUUGGCAGCUUAGAGCAUGUGAAUCUUUUAUCACGUGGACGUUCAAUGGACAGACAAAGCCCACCGCUUAGCGGGCGUAGUACACCGAAUAGCCCCAACAGAGACUACCUUCAUAAGUAUCAUACUGCACCAGCCUCAAUGUCACCAGCUCAUCUCCAUCAAUAUGCGGCUUCCCUCAGUCCUGGCCAACUGUCUGAGUCUCUUCCUUCGAGCCAGCUUAAUCUCCCAGCGCUUUCAUCUGAUGUAUCCAGGGAUGAGCUACAUGCUAUGGCAAUGGCUGGUGAUUCUAGUUCAGGAGGUGCUGCGUCGCCCCUCACCGCUAGAUCAAUGCGCUUAGAACGGGUAGCGCAAGCAUUAGCUCACAGUCAAGAGGAGCUACGAAGAAGAUCGAUGGGGUUGCCACCGAGUCAAGGACCAAAUAACAAUAUAAGAUCGGCAUACCAAAACUAUGGACCAUCACCGUUGAGUUCACGUCACGGAAGUCAAGAAUCACUGCGUCAUUAUAGCACAAUGGGUUCCAUGAAUAUGCUUCAGACUCCUACAUCUAGUGUAAGUCGUGAUGUAGUUACAGCGGUACAAAAGAAAAAAGGCAUCAAAUCGAGUCUGGGUAGAUUCUUUAGUAAAAAGGACAAAGUUAAAGGUGUCAAGGAUUCAAUGCCUGAUGGCUCAACAAGUAUGAUGUCGAUAGGUAAUUUAUCGAUAACAAUGAGUGAUAUCGACUCCAACUAUGAUGCGAUGAGUUUAUCUGGUGGUAAAAUACCUGGAAUGGUUGGCAUGCCAGGCAAAGUUGACUAUGGAAGACCAAAGAAAGAACAUGACUAUCGUAAUGAUUUGUUAGGAGAAGCGAUGAAGGCUGGUACACCAUUUGCAUUGUGGAACGGGCCAACAAUAGUUGCCUGGUUGGAAUUGUGGGUUGGUAUGCCAGCGUGGUAUGUGGCUGCUUGCAGAGCAAAUGUUAAGUCUGGAGCUAUAAUGAGUGCAUUGAGUGAUACAGAAAUCCAAAGAGAAAUUGGUAUAAGUAAUCCUCUACACCGACUAAAACUACGUCUUGCUAUUCAAGAGAUGGUCUCAUUGACUUCACCAUCAGCUCCUCAAACUUCACGCACAACUCUUGCCUUCGGGGACAUGAAUCACGAAUGGAUUGGCAAUUAUUGGCUUCCAGGCCUUGGAUUGCCACAAUAUCGCACCACAUUUAUGGAAUGCCUAGUCGAUGCCAGAAUGCUAGAUCAUUUAACAAAAAAAGAUUUGCGGGGCCAAUUGAAAAUGGUUGAUAGUUUUCAUCGGACAAGCUUACAAUACGGUAUAUCUUGUCUUAAAAGACUGAACUAUGAUCGCAAUGAGCUUGAGCGAAGACGAAAAAUAUCCGAAAAUGCUCUUUGUGAUUGUUUGGUAUGGAGCAAUGAGAGGGUAAUUCGAUGGGUAGGCAGUAUUGGUUUAAAGGAAUAUGGAAACAAUCUUUUAGAAUCGGGUGUGCAUGGAGCCUUAGUUGCGUUAGAUGAAAGCUUUGAUGCAAACGCAAUGGCGUUAGCAUUGCAAAUUCCUACACAAAAUACACAAGCGCGGCAAACACUCGAUAUUGAAUUCAAUAAUCUCCUUCAAGUUGCCACUGAACGAAGGCCCGAAAACGAGCAGCUUCAUAAAUCCUGAUCCAACGCCAGUCUCUCAACAUUGAGUGACGAAUGAACAAACAAGUAAAACAAGAAUGCACCCUACAACGCAUAAGUUUUCAAAAACAGCCGGGUUUAAUAUUUAAAAGAUAAAAAAACGAGAAUUUUUUAAUAGCAACAACAACAAAACAAACAAUUUCCAGAAAAAUGGGAAUACUAAAAAAAAACAGAAAUAAAACUGCUCAACGUUCAAAAAACCAAAAAGUGAAAAAGAAAAUUUGCAAAAUCGUGAGGCUAGUGAACCAACUAGAUGAUUUUUUUAAAACAAAAAAAAACAUAUUACAAGUACAUUUUUUUAAUGUAUAGAUUUAUAGAUUAUUACGUUUAUAUAUAAAAAUGUAGAAGUUACAGUUUCUUACUAGGCGCAGCUGCAGCACAAAAACAACAAACAAAAUAAAAAUAACAUGUUUGUAAUUUUUAUACAAAUAUAAGGGAAAGAUAGAAAAACCAGAACAAAAAAACAACUAUUAAGACAAAUAAUUUCAAAACAAACAACAAAUAUAACUUUUAAAAAAAUUAAAUUAAAUAAAAACAAAAAUAAAACCAACAUCCUCCUGAUAAAUUAUGACAAAAAUAAAACAUCGAACAAGUAGUGUUUUUAAAGAAAGAAAAACAAAAAUCGUACCAAUUUUUCUUUUUUUCUGUUUAUUAUUAGCUCAGAGAAAUUACACAUAAAAGCUACAAAUUAAAAAAAAAUAUAUUCAACCAACUUGCCAUUUUGUGGAGUUAUUUACUUUAAUGUCUUACAUUCAAUAUAUGAGUUUCAAAUAUUCUUCCUGUCCAAAAACAGUAUAAUCCAUCAACAUUUCCUCUAACUUUUAGUAAAAUGAUUAAAAACGGCGGCGAGCAAAAUGAAAAACAAAAUUAAAUAAUCUUUGAAUAUAAGUUGCAUUUUUGAAGUUCUUAUAUAAAUAUUUCCUUUAUGACAAGGUUGAUUUCAUAUUAUAGGUCCUUUAAAAUAU